GAAUAUUAUAUGAUAAUAUUUUGCGUUUUAGCAUGUAUUUAAUAAGACAAUGACAAAAUGUCAUAAUUCAAUAAAAGGCGUAAUUUAUAAUUAAAGGAAAUCAAAUUCUGGUUAUAUUGUAGCAUUUGUUAAGUGCAUGUGAUUAGAUAAGACGGUAUAGUGGAAAGUACUUAAGAAUCUUAUGUGUUAAAAAAAAAAAAGAGACAUAAUGGUUGUUAGUCCAGAGUUGCCACCUGUUCCAGCACCUUUAAAAAACAUUCAACAAUAUUUAAAAGUAGCUUCGACACAUGAUCAACGAGAUUGUGUUGUCAGUUAUUGGUGUCGUCUUUAUGCUCUUCAAACUGGUUUAAAAUUGUCAACCAAAACUGGCGAAGAAACAAGUUUUUUAGUGAAAUUGAUGAAUUGGUUGGAAACAACCAAAAAAGAAUUACAUGAUAAUGAAGCUAUUACCAACGAUGUAGCUGCACAGGCACAUUUAGAAAAUUGGGCAUUGAAGCUUUUUUUAUAUGCAGAUAAAAGUGAUAGGGCUUCAAAUUUUGGAAAAAAUGUUAUACAAACGUUUUAUACUGCAGGAUUACUUUAUGAUGUUUUAACAGUAUUUGGAGAGCUUACAGAUGAGGCGGCACAAAACAGAAAAUAUGCCAAAUGGAAAGCUACUUAUUUACACAACUGUAUAAAGAAUGGUGAAACUCCUAUACCAGGACCAAUAAAAGAUGAAGAUGAAGAAGAUAAUAUAAAUGAAUUUUCAGAUAAAGCUAAUUCUAAUUCGCAUAGUAAUAUACCCGAUGAUGAUGACAAUACCUCAAACUUGGAUGCUUCUAGUCCAACUAAUGUCAACAUAUUCAAUCCUAUACCUACUGGAUCAGAAAAUGAAGGUGAUGGAAAGACUACAUAUAAUCUUCCAGAUUUAAAAACUAUAAAAGUAGAUGGUGGAAUUACAUUAUCAACAGAACAGGUAACUAAAGCUCAAAAAUAUAUUAAGUGGGCUGGAAGUGCUUUAAAUUAUGAUGAUGUGCCUACUUCAGUUUUAAAUCUUCAAAAGGCAAUACAUCUGUUAACAACUGGUCAAGAUCCAGCUUAAUUACAAGUGCCUAAUAAUCUAUUAGGUUCUAAUGUAUAAAUUUUUAAUUUAUAAUUUUAGUAUAUGAAUUCUCUUCUUGCUUAUUAAUGUUACAAAAUAUAAAUUGCAAUGUAAUGUUAAAUAGUUGUAGAAAGACUAAACAAAUUAUUACCAUUAAUUGAUUAAGAAUAUCUUUCUAUAUAAAUGUAAUUUAUGAUUUCAUUGUUUAAAUAAAUAAAUCGCAUCACAUUACUGCUUUAAAAACACAA